CGGCGUGGCGGCGUGUGGCAAUCCCCGCGGGUCGCAGCGGCAGGGGAGCUCUAAGUGUAAACAAAGCAGUCGACGUCGAGGAACCACACAGAAAACCCCUGCGAUCACCUCUUCCUCUGCGUGUUAUCUAUGACGAGAGAACCUCAUGGCUGCGAAGCGUCCGUCGUCAGGGGGGCAGUGGAAACAGCUCUUCCCUACGAAAUGCAGCUUAUUCGUCUUCUUGGCUUACAUGGCGCUCUUCAUUAAUCAAGGGAUAAUGGUGACAGCAUCCCAACGCGCAGAUAACAGUUACAGCUACAAUACUGUCACUGUGGUUCUGCUCUCGGAGGCAACUAAGCUUGUUGUUUCGUUUCUUCUCUACCUCAGGGAACAAUUGUACUGCCUCCAUAACAUCACCAUUCCAGUUUUGGCCCUGUACAUGGUGCCAGCACUUCUGUACUGCCUCUACAACAAUUUGGCUUUUGUCAACCUCGCUGCCUAUGACCCUACCACAUACUUCCUCCUUCUACAGUUAAGGGUCGUUGUCACUGGCAUCGUCUUCCAGGUUUUGUUCAAGAAGCAACUAAGCAAAUGGCAGUGGGUGUCCCUAUUCAUCCUGACACUUGGCUGUAUUGUGAAGCAGUUGAAUAUCACCGAGAAAAAUGCCCAGGUUGUAACAUCACCAAAGACAGAGGACAUUACAAGCCACAUGGUCUCCUCCUUGUUUUCUGUUCACACAGGGCUUGUACUGCUGCAGGUUUUAUGUUCUUGUCUGGCUGGAGUCUACAAUGAGAAGUUGCUAAAGGACAUUGGUGCAGAAGUUCACAUUAUGGUGCAGAAUGUGUUCAUGUAUAUUGAUUCAAUACUCUGCAAUGCUGCAGUUCUUCUUAUGAGAGGGGAACUGGGAUCUGCAUUUACAGUUUCAGCACUUUCCCAGAUCUGGCAGCCAGCGGUGAUUGUAAUCAUCAUAAACAAUGCAGCCGUAGGGAUCGUCACCAGCUUCUUCCUGAAAAACUUGAACUCCAUACUGAAGACCUUCGCAUCAGCCCUCGAGUUAAUGUUCACUGCUGUGUUAUCUUGGCUCAUCUUUGGAAUGGCUAUUGGCUGGUGGACCGUGCUUGCUAUAGCAUUGGUCACGUAUGCUUCUUGGAUGUAUGCGCAGAACCCUGUUGUCAAUAGAGGGCGUCUGGAUCAGCUGGAAGGUAGUCAGACGUCAGAGGAAGUAAGACUGGUGUCAAGUGAGACAACAGAAGUGUGAGAGUAUUUGGAGAUAAAAUAGAGGCUAGUGAUUAUUGAAUAUUAUCUUCAUAUAUGUUGAUUGAGGUUUAGCCUUUUUAUUCAGUGCUCUCAGUAUUAUCUUGUAUAUUUUGGAAAUGACCAUUCAGUUUCAGUCCAGGAACUGAUAGAAUUUGCCAUUAAUAAAUUUGCAGUAUUAGGAUAUUCCUAGAUAUGUUCAAUUCAUUUAAAUGCUGUCGAGUCUUGUAGCUAGAGGUAGCUACAUAUAUGCUAAAUUCCCUGAGGGUAUAUAAUAUGUAUAUAUUUGUUUUCUUAUGAUCAUGUUAGUGAAAGUAAUAUUUGAAAUUAUUCUCUUAGGAAUUCUAGUCAUAAAUAUUUAGUCAGCAUAUUGAGAGGGUGACAAGAUUUAUCAAUUAUGUCUCAGUAAUUUAUUUUUUUCUUUAAUAUUACUUGACUGCAAGAAAGAAUAUAAAGUAUUUGCUCAUCCCUCUAUAACCAAAGAGGUCCUAGGAUGACAUUUAGAAGAGAUAAAUGUAGCUAUAAAGUACUUAGUAACUGUUUUCAUAGAGCCUGUAUAUUAAAGCUCUGUACUCUGCUACAUGUUCUGACAAUCCUUGUAAUGUCGUGAAUAUGGUUUUGCAUUUUGAAUUGCAGAAAUAUGGAAAGUGAUCCUGUGUAUUGCAUGUGCUAUUGCAUCUGGGUCAUAAUCCGUGAUCCAGGUUUCUUUUCCCUGGCACUACCGCCAGUCAUUUGCUCUUAAGCGCACAGGGCCAGAUGACAGUUCUGAGCAGCUCUCUGCACAAAUGCAUCUUGUAUGAUUUUGUAUGUUAUGAGUUAUUGAUAACUGAAAAGUGUUUGAUUAAAGUAUGAGUUGAAUAUUUUUGUUAUAGGAAGACAUGUUAUGUAUAAAACGUGACUGUGUUUGAGUUCAAACGAAGGAGGUUGAAUUUUUAAAUUUUGUUAUAUUUCAUUCAUAAUGUUAAGAUAUUAUGGUGUUUAUAGUAUAUUUUAACUGUGCCAUUUCUACUGUAAUCAAAGAGAAGAUACCAAAGUUACAGUAAUAAGAGUAUGUGUAAUACCAUUGUGUAAAAAUAAGCACAUUAUUUGUUUGAUAUCCAAAUCCUUUUGAAUCUAUUUGUAAGUGUUUUGGUAGAUAUGAUAUAUUCUGUCUGUAUUCUGUUCCUGAGGUUAAGAUGCAAGAUAUACUGCAAUGAAUGGUUUUAAUGCUCAUCUCGGACAAUCUUUGGCCUAAAUUGAGGAACCGAUUUGUAACCUUUUUUUCUGCAAGUAUUAGCUAUCACUUGUGCUAUACAGGGGCUAAUGAUUAUUAAUUAGGGGUUCAGACUUGUAAUUUCCCAAAAAGUGUGGAAAAUUUCAUCCCUUUGCUAAAAGAGGAAAGAAAUCAGCUGACAGAAAGAAUAGCCCUCUAUUUUUAUAUUUUGGAGGAAAAAGGCCUCUAGAUUAUGAGGGGCAAAUAUCUUCCUAUAAUUGCUGGGCAAAGUAAAUGUUUGUCAUUUUUUUAAAGAUGACGCCUUCAGCCUGAAUAAUGCAGUUGCUUAAUCAAUGGUGUUAUUUUGAAUGUGUGUGAAAUUCAGUGACCAGAUAGUUAUUUAUUAAAUAUGUUAGCAGUGUAAAGCAGAUUGAUGCACCUGCUAUAAAUGCCUGUUUCAAAUUCCUUAUGCCUCCAUUUGUAGAAUGAGUUAUGGAGUACAGUAAAAUGUUGAAUGGUCAAUAGUAGUUUGUAUGUAAUGUAAUGAUCCAUGGCCUUAUUGGUGUAUUCUUGAAGAAAUCUGAGGAGAAUUAAACAUGAAUAACCUUUACAUCAUUUCAGUCUUCUAAUUAUAAUAACUGAACUAAUUAAAAUAACUGAACUUCAAAUCAAAUCAACUGAAAUAUGAUUUAGAGCAUCUGAACUUCAAUUUGUAACAUCUGAAGAUAUAUGUUAAUAUUUGUUCUUGGUUAUUUGAUUUGAAACUUUUGAUAUUUAGGAAAACCAGUAUCAUCACUAUAAAAAAAAAUAACUGAACUUGUAGAUUUGGAUGAAAGUACUUUCCUGCAACACAUGAAGUGAAAUACAUUUACAUUUUCACAAACAAAUAAAAUAGUGAUUCAUUUUCUCAUAGUAGUAUAUUUUAUUUCAUUUUUAUUAGUUUUUUGCCACAUUAUAGAUCUAUAUUUUGUAGACAUGCAGUAGACUCUUCUUUAAUAUAUAUUUUAUGUAAUAAAAGUAAUGCUUAUUUACUUCUGCAUGCAGGUAGAACUAUAUCAUUUCCUAUAUGUAAACAUAUUUCAUGUAAAUAUUCUAUGUAUUUCUCCUUGACAGCAAUCAUCUGAUUCAGUUCAUUCCAUAUAUUUAUUAUUUGCAUUUUGUGAAGACAUUUUCAUUCUGUACAAAGUUUUUCAAUUGUAAACUUACAAAGUCUACCCAUGAUAAUUGUGUCAGUAUGGAAAUUUCUUAACCAUGCAAUGUUAUUAGUUUUUGCCUACAGCCCGCUUAGGGAAUGGGUGUUUAACUGACCAGAAAAGUUCAUUAUUUGUGAUUAUCUAUGUAGUCAUUAUGUUGUAUGUACCUGUUUAUCACUAACAGUAUUUAUGCUGGAAGUUGGCUACAUAGUAUUCAAGAAAACUUCAUCCAGUGAGUAUGUAACAUCAUGUGAGGUAUUUCUAGGUAAAUUAAUCAACAGUAUACCAUAAUCUUAUGAAGUAUCCAUUUACUUGUCAUAUGUGAAAUGUUGAUCCUUUAAUAUACUUGAAUUACAUGUUUUGUGUUGUGGUGAUAUGGGUAUGUGUAUUGAAAGAUUAGGGUUCUGUGAGGGAAAUUAAUUUUCAGUAUGGUAUGUACUAAAGAACAGUAUGUGAAGUAAGUCAGGUCAAUAUCUGAAAAUUGCUUGAGUUCAUCUGAAUGAUAUGAGUAAGUACAGCUUACGUAAUAGCCACAUGUGUUAUACAAUAUGUGAUUAAUGACCAUGCUACUUUAAUUAAGAAGAUACAUAAAUUAUGAAAUACAGAAAUACAGUGCAGUGUUGCCAAGUGAUGUAAUGAUCUUAAUUUAAUGAAGGUGCUUCACAAGCAAUAGAUAAUAUAAAAAUAAUAAACUAUUACAGUUAUCUA